AUGCCUGUCUGAUCUAUUCUUCCUUUUCCCUACAGGGAUGGCUGGUAUGACAGCUUAUGUUGGGUUCUAUGAAGUUUGUUUUCCUAAGAAAGGAGAAUAUGUCUUCAUUUCAGCUGCAUCCGGUGCUGUUGGUCAGCUUGUUGGACAAUUAGCAAAGUUGAUGGGUUGCUAUGUGGUUGGCAGUGCUGGAAGCAAAAAGAAGGUUGAUCUGUUAAAGAACAAACUCGGAUUUGAUGAGGCUUUCAAUUAUAAAGAAGAAAACAACCUAAAUGCAACCUUGAAAAGAUGUUUCCCUGAAGGAAUAGACAUCUACUUUGAAAACGUAGGGGGAAAGAUGCUUGACGCAGUGCUGAUAAACAUGAGAGUUAAUGGGCGAAUUGCUGUGUCUGGAAUGAUCUCACAAUAUAAUAAUAUUGGUGAGCCGGAAGGAGUGAGGAAUUUGAUGAAUAUUGUUUAUAAGCGAGUUAAUAUAAAAGGAUUUGUGGUUUUUGAUUACUACUCCGAAUAUUCAAAGUUCCUAGACCUUGUACUUCCAUACAUCCGAGAAGGAAAGAUAACAUACAUUGAAGACAUAGCAAAUGGCAUUGAGAGUGCACCUGCAGCCCUUAUUGGACUUUUCACUGGCCGUAAUAUUGGGAAACAAGUUGUUACGGUUGCUCAAGAGUAGAGUGAUGAGGGAGAUGGAUUUCCUAAGACGUGCUUAAGUUGGUCCUGGGUUUACCUUAUCAUACAAUGACAAAAAUUAGUAGUAUUUUUAUGUGUCCCUACGUUCAAAACAUAAUAUAAUGGUGUAACAAGAACUUGUUGCACUUCUUCUUUGUAUGGAUAUUAAAUAAGAAAAGAAACAAGAAAUUGUAUUUAUGGAGAUACAUAUAUUGGUGUAAUGAAAAAAGCAUAUAUAUUAUUUAAAUAAGAA